GGAAGGGCCGCCGUUGUCUCGACUAGCCCUCUGGCAGCGCAGAGAGCAGCCAGGGCCCCCCCCCGCUCACCCCGCUGGCGGACGCGCUGAACUACGGGGGUCUCGCCAGCUGCUGCGGGGCCGCGCGCCAGUGGGCGUGGAGCAUUGCUGUCCUCGAGUCUAGCGAGAGAAGCGCCGCCUCGGCCCCGACGUCGCCGCCGUCAACGCCGCCGCGUCCGCCUGCGGGGAGGCGCGGAGGUGGCCGGUCGCGCUGCUGCUCCUGCGGGGCAUGAACUCACGCGGGCUGUCCCCCGACACGGUGACUUACGGCGCUGCGCUGUCCGCGUGCGAGCGUGGCAGGCGGUGGAGCUUCGCGCUGUCGUUGCUCACCGAGGGUCAAGGCAGGCAGGUGGAGCUCAACGCGGUCGCGUGCGGUGCGGCCAUCGGAGCCUGCAGGGCGGGGCGCGCGUGGGCGCAGGCGCUCCGCAUCCUGGGGGGCGCCAAGGACGAUCGGCGGGUGCAGCUUAGCGUGACGAUGUACAACCUGGCGAUCGGGGCCUGCGAAAAGGGGCUCCGCUGGGUCCAGUCCCUGGGGCUGCUGGAGGAAGCGCGGCAGCAGGGUCUGACCCCCGACUUGGUGACCUUCAGCAGCUCGGCGAGCGCCUGCGCGGCCGGCCUGGGGUGGGCAACGUCACUCGGGAUUAUCCAGGAGAUGAGUUUCAUGAAGGUCCUGCCCAACCUGAUCACCUUUGGCGCGGCACUCACCGCGUGUGCCAGCGCGGAGCGCUGGAGGCACGCUGCGCAGCUCCUGGCGGGACUGCUGGGGCCGGGGCCCUGGCGUUAAGCCAGCCGGGGUUGCCUCUCCUGCUCGUGAGGACACGUCGAGGCUGCUAUCAGAGUGGCCCAGUGGCAUGCGACCCAUCCCGCCACCGUGCCUUCCGUGGGGCUUCUCGAGGGGCCUUUUGGGGGGCAUCUUCGGGACACCCCGGGCGCCUCCCGAGGCCUUCUGGGGGCCUCUUGUGUGUCUUGGGGGUCGCCUGGGGCGAGAGAGGUCCUGGGCGCUUGGCUCGGUGCAC